AUGGACGCCCGCAUCUCACACGAUGCUCCCCAGGAGAUCCGCAUUGUCAGCCUCAACUGCUGGGGGCUGAAAUUCCUCGCAAAGUACCGCCACGAGCGCCUCUCUGAAAUCGGCCGCCAGCUCGCUGCUAUUUCUCCACCCCCGGACAUCAUUGGCCUGCAAGAGUGCUGGACCAAGCAGGACUACGAGUCCAUCCGCGACACUCUGCGUGAGAGGAUCGGGCUGCAGUACAGCAAGUUCUACAACAGUGGCAUUUUCGGCGGCGGGCUGGCCAUCAUCUCCCGAUGGCCCAUCGAAGAAGCCAGCAUGGUCCGCUACCCGCUGAACGGCCGGCCCACUGCCUUCUUCCGCGGAGACUGGUUCGUCGGCAAGGGCGUUGCUUGUGCCAGGAUUCGGUUUGGCAAGGGCAAGAAGGACGUUGCCGAAGUGUUUUGCACGCAUCUUCACGCCCCGUACGAAAGCGAGCCCAACGACUCCUACAUCUGCCAUCGUACUGCUCAGGCCUGGGAGAUCACGAAGCUCAUGCGUGGAGCCGCCGAGCGGGACCACCUGGUCAUCGGCUUGGGCGACUUCAACAUGAUCCCGCUGUCACUCGCUCACCGCCUGAUCGAGGCACACUCUCCUGCUCGGGACGUCUGGCGGAUCCACCAUCCCGACUCUUCGAUUGGUGCCCACCGUGAUGCGGUUGAGCAGGCUCGUGGACGACCGAUGCCGAAUGCGAGGUUCAACAUCACGGAGAACGGGGCUACGUGCGACAGCGCGCUGAACACUUGGAGGUGGAACGAGGCACACCAGAAGCGUCUGGAGAAGGGUCUGCCCGUGACGGUCGAGGACACUGUUGAGGACCCUCGUGCAAAGCGUCUGGAUUACGUUUUCUUUUCUUGCGGUGAGAACAGCCCCUCGGCCAACAACGACACAGAUUGGGUGCUCGACAAAGUGGAUGUAGGCAUGACACAGCGGCACCCGGAGCUGCGUUGCUCGCUUAGCGACCACUUUUCCGUGGAAGUGACCAUCAGGCGCGCUGGCGGCCCGUCGCCGCGCUCGUCGACGAGUCAAUCCCUGUACACGGGGACAUCGGCAUUGCCUAUUUCUACUUACGACGAGAUCCUUGCCAUGAUUCACAAGUAUACGGCUCGGGAGUACCGGCAGCGGCGCCUGCGGCUGGGGCAUUUUGCCGGGCAGCUGCUUGUGGCCAUCGGAUGUCUCAUCGCAGUCUGGUGGAGCCCCCGCAACUUCGUAUCGUUCAUCUUAAUGCUGGUGAGCACGCUAGGUCUUGCCGCCGGCGUAAUCGACGGGCUGAUCGGCGGGCUCUUUGUCGGAAGCGAGCUGCGCGCGCUGAGAGAAUUCGAAUGGGAGAUCAGGAACGCCAGGGCGGCGGCCGAGGGGCAAGGCGCGGACCUGACCAAGGCACACGACGACGAAGCUGAGCACGGGGCGGGCGCAGAGGCAGAGACAGCGGUGGCGGAGGACGAGGAGCAGGGGGACGACACGGGCGAUGGGGUAUGA